CUUCCUGCCCCGCCCGCGCGCCAUGGCCAUCUUCAGCGUGUACGUGGUGAACAAGGCCGGCGGGCUCAUCUACCAGCUGGACCACUACGCGCCGCGCGCCGAGGCCGAGAAGACGUUCGGCUUCCCGCUCGAGCUGGUGCUGCGGCCGCACGACGAGCGCGUGCUCGUGGCCUUCGGGCAGCGCGACGGCAUCCGCGUGGGCCACGCUGUCCUUGCCAUCAACGGCAUCGAUGUCAACGGCAGAUACACGAGCGAUGGGAAGGAUGUGCUGGAAUACCUGAACAACCCGGCCAACUAUCCCGUGGCCAUCCGCUUCGGCCGCCCUCGGCUCUCAUCCAACGAGAAGCUCAUGCUGGCCUCCAUGUUCCACUCGUUGUUUGCCAUUGGGUCCCAGCUGUCUCCUGAGCAAGGAAGCUCUGGAAUUGAGAUGCUGGAAACGGAUACUUUCAAGCUGCACUGCUUUCAGACCCUCACAGGAAUAAAGUUUGUGGUGCUUGCUGACCCCCGGCAAUCUGGGAUAGAUUCCCUUCUGCGCAAGAUCUAUGAAAUCUAUUCAGACUUUGCUCUGAAAAAUCCUUUUUACUCUUUGGAGAUGCCAAUCAGGUGUGAGCUCUUUGAUCAGAACUUGAAGCUUGCCCUUGAGGUAGCCGAGAAAGCAGGGCCCUUUGGGCCAGGAUUAUAGGAUGGCUUCAACCAGCUAAUGGGAGUUUCCAGGGGCAGCUGCAUCUUGGGCCGGAAAGGUUUCUCGGCAAUCUCUGUUCAGUGGCUCGGGCUGCAAUCCUGGAGCGCAGAACAAACGUCCCUGCCCUUAAAGGAACGUAUUGCCAGCGGAGCUGCUGAUGCUGGGAAAAGCAGCUGGCUGGCAGCUCAGAGGGAAGCAAGAUGGACCCACUGCUCUUUUAUGGGCAAUGUAGACAAAAUAUGUGUACUUCUAACUUAUGACUGGAAGAUGGUGUGUUGCAUGUGUAAAUAAAGCAUUCCCCAAUGA